GUACACUCCGCGUUCGCCAUCAUUCCUACAUAUAUCUCUCCAUGUCAUUAAAUGCUUUACGAGUGAAAGAACAUGAGGAUUUCCCUCCAGCUUCGCUGUAUCCGUGCGACUUGCGGUAGAACCCCACAACUUCUCGCCCGUCUCCCUCUGCCUCCAAGCCGCCGCUUCACGCAGUUGUCAUGUCCGCAGCGUCCAAGUCAGGGCCGUCAGAAAGGGGUUCCGAGAAUUGGUGCAGUUAUUUUUGCAGCACUCGCUCCAGGCGCUUUUGUGAAGAUUGCGGAAACAGAAGAUGACGGUAAAACCGGGGAAAGACUGAUGUUGGAGGCUUCGCGCCAGGAGUUCAGAGAAGAUGUCCUUGAGAAGACAGAACAACGAAUAGGGCUCGGGGGCCCUGUUGUAGCUUACUGGACAUAUUAUGUCUACGACACAAUAGCGACUGGCUUUCGUUUCGUCCACCUAGUCAUCAUCUUCCUACCUGUCAUCCUGACGGCGCCUACGAUAUGGCUUGGAAGGCGCAUCAAGAAUAACGACGGGGCUCGCACAGGCACCUUGUGGUGGUAUAGUUUUCUUGUUAGGGCCAUGGAGCGCGCAGGUCCUGCUUUUAUCAAGCUUGGGCAAUGGGCCGCAUCACGUACUGAUAUUUUCCCUCCCGAAAUGUGCGAAAUCAUGUCGUCAUUACACUCGAAUGCUCCCGGCCAUUCGUUACAUGAAACAAAGCGGAUAAUAGAAAAGGCGUUCAGUGGAAUGCCCUUUGAGGAUAUCUUCGAGGAAUUCAACGAGGAACCUUUGGGAGUGGGCGCCAUCGCACAAGUGUACAAGGCGAAGCUCAAGCCGAAUCUGGCUAAUCUUGCAGAUAACCAGCUAACCUGUGAGCCUCAGAACCUAAGGGGCAAGCUCAGAAAAAACGUUGACGCCUUGGUCAAGAGCACCCCCAGGCGAGUUCCGUCCUCAUACGUUGCAGUCAAAGUACUGCAUCCUCGCGUUGAGCGACUAAUCCGCAGGGACCUGCGUAUCAUGAGUUUCUUUGCUUCUUUGCUUAAUGCGGUUCCAACCAUGCACUGGCUGUCGUUCCCUGAUGAGGUUGCUCAGUUCGGUGAGAUGAUGAAGCUACAACUCGAUCUGCGGAUUGAGGCCACAAACUUGAAAAUCUUCCGCGAGAAGUUCAGAUCCCGUACCACAGCUUGGUUCCCGUAUCCGUAUUUGGAUUAUAGCACCCGCGAGGUGCUUAUUGAGGAAUUCGCCCAGGGCAUACCUCUGUCCACCUUUCUGGAAAAGGGAGGAGGUGUGUACCAGCAUGAGAUUGCAAACGAAGGCUUGGAUGCUUUUCUACAUAUGCUCUUGAUUGAUAAUUUUGUGCAUGCGGACCUUCAUCCAGGGAACAUCAUGGUUCGUUUCUAUCAGCCUAGCGAGCUUGAUUUGUCUCUCCGCAAGAAGGGCCGCGCAGAUGAAGCACCGACUCUUAAGGAGGUCGAUGUUGCAGACGCCAUACUCGCCCGGUUGCUGCCACAUGCAGAUGAUUCCCAAAAGUGGGAAAGGGCUCUAGAAGAGCUCAACGCAGAAGGCUACCGACCGCAGCUCCUUUUCAUUGACACAGGGUUAGUAACACAGCUGAAUGACACCAACCGCGCGAACUUCUUAGCCCUCUUCCGAGCUGUCGCCGAAUUCGACGGCCACCGCGCCGGUGAACUCAUGGUUGAGCGGUGUCGUCAGCCAGAGGAAGUCAUCGACCCAGACAUAUUCGCUUUGAGAAUGCAAAAUUUAGUCCUCGGCGUCAAAUCACGGACAUUUGCACUUGGGAACAUCAAGAUCGGCGAUAUUCUUAGCGAAGUGCUAUCUAUGGUCCGGCGACACCACGUCCGCUUGGAAGGGGACUUUGUCAACGUCGUCAUCUCCAUUCUCCUCCUCGAAGGCAUUGGCCGGAGCAUGGAUCCUGAUCUCGAUCUCUUUAAGAGUGCCCUUCCCAUCUUACGGAAACUCGGUUCCAAUGCCACUUUCCUAAAGACAAUUCGGUCGGGCGACACCUCAAUGCUUCGCGUCUGGGUUGGUCUUGAAGCUCGUGGCUUACUUAGGGCGAGCAUUGAGAGUGUGGAGAAUUGUGUGAAGUAUGAUUUACUGUCGCCUAAUGUCUAGAUGCGGCGGGAAUAAAGUUCGAGAUACGCUGCUUAUGUAUUAUAUAUUUAUUAUUCUCCUGGUCUCAUUUUUGUGGUUAUGUACUAUAAUGCCUGUAUAUAGCUAGAGUCAAAAGACCAUGAAUAUGACGAUAUAGAUUGAUAAACUGAUAAUACUUGUUCC